AUGGACGUGUCCGUGGGCGACGUGCGGAGCGUCCUUGCAGCCAUGCAGAAGAACUUGGAGUGUCCCAUCUGUUUGGAUGUGAUAAAAGAGCCAGUUUCCACAAAAUGUGAUCACAUAUUCUGCAGGUUCUGUAUGUUUAAACUCAUAAGCAAAAAGAAAAAAGGUGUGAUACAGUGUCCUCUCUGCAAGACUGAAGUUACCAAGAGAAGUCUUCAGGAAAAUUCUAGAUUUAAGCAACUAAUAGAAGGAUUGUUGGAAACUAUCCAUGCUUUUGAACUGGACACAGGAGUGAAGUUUCUGAACAGUCAUCACUUUUCUAAAGCAUCCAUAGAAGUCAAUUCUGCUAAGGCCAUGUGUAAGGAAAGUUCUAUCAUCCAAAGCAGGGGUUUCAGAAACAGGAAAGCAAGAGCUAAAGAAAAUACACAAGAAACUUUUACCUUGGAAGCUAAUGCAGAUCCACAACUUAGAGAUACCAGGGUCAAAAGGCAUCCCUUGCGAAACAGAAACCCGGAAUGUGGCCCUGAUACAGGGAUCUAUAUAGAGUUUGGCUCUGAUUCAUCUGAAGAGCUUUUCAAACAGGCAAGCAAUACUGGGCUAGGAGAAAAAGUGCUUCGGAUUUCAUCGCAAGAAAAGCCAGAAGAACUUAAGAGUUCUGAGAAGGCAAAGGAAUAUUCCUGCAAAAUACAGCCUAUCAAGCUGCAUGCCAAAGAAGUAAUUCUGUCAGAUGUUAUAGGUGAAAGAGGUUCCUUAAAGGAAGAUUUGAUCAAGAAAAGCACUGAGAACAUUACUGAACAUGCCAAACCUGGCCAAGUGAAUGUGACUGAAAGCCAGAGUUCUCCUUUAAAUGUUCUUGCUGAAGAGUUAUUUGAAGAGCAGUGUGAGAAAGGGGGUAGCCCACUGAGGAAAGGGGACGAAUCUUUCCUUAAAAACACAGAAGAAAUGGCUGCAGAACAAACUCAGUGCAAUAGUAAAAGCAAAGAGCCUGACUUAGAAGAUAACUCAGAAAUCAAGCUUGAUAAAAGCAAGAAAAUAGAUAUUGUUGAGCAAUGUGUGGAAGAUGUGGAAAUGUAUGAACCUGAGAAUGAUUCUUUUCCUGAAGAAGAACCUCUGGAGAAGCCAGAGAUGCCUCACAGUGAUACCCUGGAUCAGGUUUCUAGGAAGAGACUAAAGCAAAGCAUUCAGAAAGUUAAUGAAUGGUUUUCAAAAAGCAAUGAGAUCCUGUCUUCCAGCUCUUCCCAGGAUGAUCCUGGUGAAGCAACUGAUGCUUCAGCUGAAGAAGAUGCUUGUUUAUCAGAUAAAGAUUCCUUUAUUUCAGAGAAGACUAACCGUAUGGUAAAUUGCAUGGAAAUUACCUUCACUGAAAAAGACAAGAAAUUGUCAAAACCAACAGCAGAUAGCAUGAAAGACAAAAUAUUUGGAAAAACAUACAAGAGAGAGAGGAAGUCAAAUCACUGUGUUGUUUUGAGAGAGAUUUUACCUAUUGCAAAAAAUGAAGAUGUGGCUGCUGAUGAAAAAUGCUUGAACAAUUCUAGAAUGGACAAGCUAAAACGUAAAAGGAAGACUGCCUGUGGCCUGCAACCUGAGGACUUCAUCAAGAGAAAAGAUCUGACAGAGGCAGAUGGCCCUCAAACUGUUAACUUGUGCCUUGGAAAGGCUGAAAAUAAAAAACAUGACGAAAAUUCUGCUGUUAAUGAGAGUUCUGUGACUGAGAAGAGAGAGGAUACUACGCCAGCAGAACCUGGAGAAGGAGAAUCCAUAUGGAAAAGUGCUACUGAAAAAGUGACUGGUGAAUCUAAUGGAGUGCGAGAAUCAAAUGACUAUGAUCAGAAGAGCUCUAAAAAACCAAGUUCUUUAUCAAAAAAAUGCAGGCAUUCAACUAGAACUAUGCAUGCUCUACAGUUAGUAGUUGGUAGAAACUCGGGCUCCCCUGAUCCAGCUGAGCCACAGAUUGAUAGCUAUCCAAGCAGCAAUGAGCCAAGCAAAGGUGGUUCUGAGCACAGGCAAGUCAGGCGCAGCAGGAGGCUUCAGUUACUUGCUGAAGAAAUGACAAAAGAUACAGGAAGGAGGAGGACUCUAACAGAGGGAGCGAGGAAGGAUGAUGGUGGAAGCGGGGAGCCUUUCUCUAGGGUGCAAAGGAAUGUAUUGGUUCACUCUUCUGAAUGCAGAGACCUGGAUGAGCAGCAGGAUACAGUGAGUUAUAGGCCAGCUGCUAAUCUGAAGAGCACUGAUCAGGAAGCUGAUGAAAUACAGACUAGUCUAAAGAAUUCCUCAGACACUGGAAGAAGUCUCUUCAAUCCUACGUCUUCAUGUCAGUAUUCACAUUUGGGUUCUGUGGUACCUGAUACAGACCCUCAAGAAGGUGAAAUGCUAGGUAGCCCUUUCCCCUUUCAGCCUUCUUCAGUGAAUGCUGUGCAAACUGCUUCGCAGGUGACCAAAGAAAAGACAACUGAAGUAAACACUACUUUUCCCCAGAAAAGCAGACACUGUACAGAUAACGUCCCAGAGGACUUGAGAAAUGAAAAUGUUUUGGAAGUGACCAAGGAAGCUGAAGAUAGUGAAUUAGAUACACAGUAUCUGCGCAAUAUAUUUAGGCAUUCAAAACGACUAUCAUUUACCCUUCAUCCUAGUCCCCUGAAGGCACAUGCAGUAGAGGAUGCUGCUUCUGAAACAUUAAAGAUGGUGUCUACUGAUCAGGUAGAAAACAAGCAUAGCAAAUAUUUAAAAACAGAUCAUUUUCAAGUAGAGAAAACAGCUUCUGAAAAUUUGAGUGAGGUCUGUGAGAAAGAAAAGCUUAACACCUGUGAAUCUGUUUGUGUUAGUCCUGUACCUUGCUAUGUCAGUAACACUGAAUGCAUGCGCACUGGGGAACAUCCAGAAAGUGUUUUACAGGUUGCAGAUCGAGGGAAUCUGACAUCACAAGUAAGGGCAGAUGCUACUAGGGUUGAGAAUAAAAACAAACAGCAAAAAAGAGAACAGGCAAAUAAUAGGACAGUGUCAGCAGAUAGAGCAAUAGAAAGUGACGUAAGUCAGAAUCCAUUCAAAAGUAAUAGAAGCCAAAGUGAUCAGAGCAAUACAGAAGAGCAUGCUUUCCAAAGAAUAAGUACAGUUAACGAAAUAGGUUUCAGUUCAGAAAGUAAUCAGGCAGAAAAGAUGGAAGUUGCUGAAAGCCAGGGACCAGUAUUAGACUUUCAGCCCACAUCGGUGGUUUGUCUUGCUGAAUUUAACUGCAAAGGGGUGGAAAAGAAAGAUAGCAAAAGAGAAAUAAAACAAUCAAAGAGCAAUGAAGAGCAAGCAACCCAAAGUACCAGCACAGGGAUGCCAGAGUGUUUAAUUUCAGAUGCGCUAGAGCAGCCUCUUAAAGGUAGUACAGAUUUUCCAGGCCUGUCUGAAACCCCUGAUGGAUUACUUUGCUCUGAUGAUGAUAUUCAGGAGAGCAUCAGCUUUUGUGAAACUGAGAGGAAAGAGAGAUCUGCUGUGUUUGUUAAAAGAAGUGACAGCAUCCCGGUAAAACAACUGGAUGAAGGAAGUGUUAGUUCUGCACUUCUGUCUCAAGGUAUUCGGAGAUCUCGAAGAAGAGUGCAGAAACUGCAAUCUUCAGAGGAAGAAUCUAGUGAAGAUGAAAAUUUACCUUCUUUUCACGAAUUAAUAUUUGGCAAAUCAGCAAGCACACCUUUGCAGCUCAAUAAACAGGUGACAUCCGUGAUAGGGUCCUCAGUAAGUCCCAGCAUGCUGCCUCACGUCGAAAGUCAUCGUGACUGUAGUAAGCAGAAGACCCCUGAAGCUGCCCUAAGUACUGUGUGUGUUUCUCCAAGCCAGGAGUCCGAGUGUUCCGUUAAUUUAUUUUCUUCCCAGUCCAACGUGUCUGAAGAGUCAGGUGGUGGAGUACAAGAACUGAAGAAAUCUUCAACACUUGUUCUUGGAUCCAAACAAAUGAACAAUUGGAAUGACAGUAAAGAAACUUCUCAAAGUUGUAAUGAAGGGCUAAAGAAAAAAAAUAACCUGGAAGAUGAAUACCAAGAAGACCCGAGGAUGGGAGCAAACCUAGGUGAAGCAUCUGGAUAUGACAGUGAAACAAGUCAUGUAGAGGAUUCAACUGGACCGUGUUCUCAGAGUGAAAUCCUUACUACACAGCAGAAGAACGCUAUGCAAAACAACCUCAAAAAACUUCAACAAGAAAUGGCUGAACUUGAAGCAGUGCUAAAGCAGCAUGAAAGUCAGGAUUCUGAAUUUUUACCUGUACAUAAGGAACUGCCACCUUGCAGUAGUGAAGGAGCACUCAGUACCAAACAGAUGAGACAAGUAAGAGAAAAUGCAACUGACGGGAAAUCUGGGAGCAAGAAAACCAGUCCAUCUGUCUUACCAAAUCUCUGUGGACAUGUGAGCAGAAGUCUAAACUGCUCUUCCUCCUCCAAAAGGCUUCUCUGCCCUCCAGCUACAGAAGCAGCAAAUAGUUCUUCUGUAGCCCAGAAUGCCAACAGAAGCUGUACUCAAGGAUGUAAAGGGAAGAGAAAUGUGUGUUUUCCCAGCUCUGUUCUGCACAACGCAUCUGGGAAAGAAAAUGCUACAAGUCCGGUUGGGAGUAACCGGAGAGAAAUGUCAAUUGUGGCAUCAGGUCUCAAUCAAAGUGAACAUUUGGUGGUCCAGAAGUUUGCCAGAAAAACUGAGAGCACUUUAUCUAAUCACAUGACUGAAGGAACAACCCAUGUCAUAAUGAAAACAGAUAUGGAGCUGGUGUGUGAGCGGACAUUGAAGUAUUUUCUGGGUAUUGCAGGAAGAAAAUGGGUUGUUAGUUAUCAAUGGAUAAUUCAGUCUUUUAAAGAAGGAAGGAUACUUGAUGAGGAGAACUUUGAAGUUAGAGGAGAUGUGAUCAAUGGGAGAAACCACCAAGGGCCAAGGAGGGCUAGGCAAUCUCUGACUGAAAAGAUCUUCAAAGAUUUUGAGAUCUGCUGCUAUGGACCUUUCACUGAUAUGACUACAGAGCAUCUAGAAUGGAUGGUGGAGCUCUGUGGUGCCUCCAUAGUGAAGGAACUUCAUCUGUUCACACACAAAACAAAUUGUACUGCUGUUGUGGUUGUGCAACCAGAUGCUUGGAUGGAAAACACAGGCUACAAAGCAAUCCAGCAAAAGAGCAAUGUUGCUGUGGUGACUCGAGAGUGGGUGUUAGACAGCGUUGCUUGCUAUGAGUGCCAGGAGUUGGAUGCUUACCUUGUGUCUUAAGGGUGAUCUACACU